AUGAUCUCAAGUAUACCUUUAUCAAAUAAUACUGUGCGUAGUCGAAUUCAGGACUUAUCACACGAGGUUAAAGACACCAUAAUUUCUCGUAUCGGUCAAACAAAAUUUUCGUUACAACUUGACGAAUCUACGGACGUCGCCGGAUUAGCUGUGAUGAUGACAUUUGUACGGUACGAAUUUUCUGGUAUUUUUCAUGAAGAUAUUAUGUUCUGCAAACCACUUCCAUCCUCAACAAGUGAAAUUUUUUCUAUGCUUGAUGCCUUUUUCAUUGAAAACUCAAUACCAUGGAACAAUUGCAUUGACGUGUGCACAGAUGGCGCAAAGGCCAUGGUAGGUAAUGUUGCUGGCGUUGUUGCAAGGAUCAAAAAAGUUUCACCAAAUUGCACGAGUAGUCAUUGUGUAUUAUAUCGACAUUCCCUCGCAACGAAAAAAAUGCCAGUGUUAUUAAAGCAAGUGCUUGACAACGCCGUUAAAAUUAUUAACCAUGUUAAGACACGACCUUUGCAGUGUAGACUGCUCAAAAUACUAUGUGAAGAUAUGGGAGCUUUAUUCAAGUCAUUGUUAUUACACACAGAAGUACGGUGGUUGUCGUGA